GAUUCUCUCUUUGACUUGCUGUGUCUCUUAUCUGUUUUUGCUUUGACAGUAUUUCUGUAAUUUACUAAUGUAUUUUGGUCGGUUGCUGGGUUUUGAUGCGAUCAAUGAAGUUGACCCUUUUAGUGGAGAACCAAACUGUGUUUUGGACCUCACUGAUACUGGGCAAUGGAGGACAGAACAGAGAGGAAACUGAUUUUUUCUGUUAAUGGUGAGAGAUUUGAGCUCUCCUCCAUUGAUCCUUCUACCACUUUGCUUGAAUUCUUGCGUUGUCGGACUCGUUAUAAAAGUGUUAAGCUUGGUUGUGGAGAAGGUGGUUGUGGUGCUUGUGUUGUCUUGUUAUCAAAGUAUGAUCCUGUUCUUGAUCAAGUUGUGGACUUCACAGUGAGUUCAUGUCUAACUCUUCUUUGCAGUUUACAUGGAUGCUCUAUUACAACUUCAGAAGGCCUUGGAAACAGCAAGGAUGGGUUCCACACAAUUCAUCAAAGGUUUGCUGGUUUCCAUGCUUCACAAUGUGGAUUCUGUACUCCUGGAAUGUGCAUGUCCCUUUUCUCAGCUCUCCACAAUUCUAAGAAGUCCCCAAGGCCAGAUCCCUCUCCUGGGUUCUCUAAGCUUACAGUGUCAGAAGCGGAGAAGGCCAUCGUCGGCAACCUUUGCCGGUGCACAGGUUAUCGAUCAAUUGCUGAUGCUUGCAAAAGCUUUGCAGCUGAUGUUGAUCUGGAGGAUCUGGGUCUCAAUUGCUUUUGGAGAAAAGAGGAGAACAUGGAUGCUAAUGCUAAAUUAAGUAAAUUGCCCCUCUAUACUCAUAGUGAUCAGAUAUGUUCCUUUCCCAAGUUUUUGAAACAGGAAAUCAAAUCCAAAACCCUUAUUUAUUCCAAUGGAUAUUCUUGGUAUAGUCCUGUUAGUGUUCAAGAACUUCAGAGUCUAUUGGAAACAGAUGAAGCUGAGAAUGGAACCAAGGUGAAAUUAGUUGUUGGAAACACAGGUGUAAGCUACUACAAAGAACCAGAGAAGUACAAUAUGUACGUAGAUUUAACACAUAUCCCUGAGCUCUCUAUGAUAAGAAAGGACAGCAAAGGAAUUGAAAUUGGAGCAGCUGUUACAAUCUCUAAGGUUAUUCAAGUUUUGAAGGAAGAGAGAGAAGGUGGGCUUCAUUCAAACAGAGAAAUGAUAUUUAAAAAAGUUGCUGAUCAUAUGGAUAAGGUUGCAUCAGAGUACAUCAGAAACACAGCAAGUUUGGGUGGAAAUUUGGUAAUGGCACAAAAGAACCACUUUCCUUCAGAUAUUGCUACAAUACUUCUUGCUAUGGAUUCAACAAUAGUUAUGCAGACUGGUUCAAAAAGACUAGAAAUUACACUUGAGGAAUUCUUGCAGGGUCCACUGUUCAAUUCUAAAACUGUGCUUCUAAGUGUUAGAAUCCCAAGUUGGGAAUCAGAAAGAAGAGUUUCAUCUGAAAUAAAAACCAAGAUGCUAUUUGAAACCUUUCGAGCUGCGCCACGCCCACUUGGGAAUGCUUUGCCAUACCUCAAUGCUGCUUUUCUGGCACAAGUUUCAACCUGUGAAAAUUCUCAUCAUAUUAUUCUUGAAAACAUUCAUUUGGCUUUCGGUGCUUACGGGAGUAAACUUGCAACAAGGGUAAGGAAGGUUGAGGAAUUUUUGGCUGGAAAAUUGCUUAGCUACAAUAUUCUAUUUGAGGCUAUUAGCUUACUUAAAGCAACUGUGGUGCCUGAAAAGGGCACUUCCUAUCCUGCUUAUAGAACAAGUUUGGCUGUUGGUUUUCUAUUUGAUUUUCUUCAUCAACUAGUAGAAGCUGAUGCUGACAUUCCCAGUGGUGGCCUGAAUGGGUUUGUUUAUGCUUUGCCUAAUAAGUUCUCUGGACCUGAAAGUAGUAACUUUCAUAUUCGAAGACCAGCUCUGCUCUCAUCUGCAAAGCAGGUGGUGGAGGUUAACAGGGAGUAUCAUCCUAUUGGUGACCCAACUAAGAAAGCUGGGGCAGAAAUCCAAGCUUCUGGUGAGGCUGUCUAUGUGGAUGACAUUACUUCUCCAAAAGAUUGUCUUUAUGGAUCAUUCAUUUAUAGCACAAGGGCUUUGGCACGUGUAAAGGAUAUUAAACUAAAAUCAACCCCAGUACCAUAUGGAAUUGUUGGUAUUAUUUCCUAUAAAGAUAUCCCAGAGGGAGGAGAGAACAUAGGAACUAGGACUAUUUUUAAUAGUGAACCUCUAUUUGCUGAUGAUAUUACUCAGUAUGCAGGCCAACCACUUGCUCUUGUUGUUGCAGAUACACAGAAGCAUGCUGACAUGGCAGCCAAUUCUGCUGUCAUUGAUUAUGACACAGAGGAUCUAGGAUCACCUAUUCUAUCUGUAGAAGAGGCAGUUGAAAGGUCCAGCUUUUUUGAGGUCCCUCCUUUCAUUAACCCAAAACAGAUAGGUGAUUUCUCAAAAGGAAUGAUGGAAGCUGAUCACAAGAUUCUCUCAGCUCAGAUCAAACUUGGGUCUCAAUACUAUUUCUACAUGGAGACACAAACUGCACUUGCUGUACCAGAUGAAGAUAAUUGCAUGGUGGUUUAUAGUUCAACUCAGUGUCCUGAGAAUGCCCAGAUUGUAAUUGCAAGAUGUCUUGGUGUUCCUAACCAUAAUAUCCAAGUGAUUACAAGAAGGGUUGGAGGAGGUUUUGGUGGAAAGGCCAUAAGGGCAAUACCUGUUGCUGCUGCAUGUGCACUUGCUGCACACAAGUUACGAUGUCCUGUCCGAAUUUACCUCAACCGCAAGACUGAUAUGAUAAUGGCAGGAGGACGACAUCCUAUGAAAAUAAACUACAGUGUGGGAUUCAAAUCCAAUGGGAAGAUCACAGCCCUACACCUUGAUAUAUUAAUUAAUGCUGGUAUAUCUGAAGAUAUCAGCCCAGUCAUGCCACACAACAUGUUGGGAGCAUUGAAGAAGUAUAAUUGGGGAACUUUGUCUUUUGAUAUAAAGGUCUGUAAGACAAACCACUCAAGUAAGUCAGCAAUGCGGGCUCCUGGUGAGGUACAAGCAUCAUUUAUUGCUGAGGCUGUGAUUGAGCAUGUGGCAUCUUUUCUUUCCAUGGAUGUCAAUACUGUCAGGAACAAGAAUGUUCACACAUUUGAGAGCCUCAAGUUAUUCUAUGAAAAUAGUGCUGGGGAGAGUUUUGAGUACAAUUUGAUUUCAGUUUUGGAUAAAUUGACUGCAUCUUCAAAUUUCCACCGAAGGGAUGCAGAAAUAAGGCAGUUCAAUAGUUGCAGCAAAUGGAAGAAAAGGGGAAUUUCACUAGUUCCAAUUGUGCAUGAAGUGACAACGAGGCCAACCCCAGGGAAAGUAAGCAUUCUCCCUGAUGGGUCAGUAGUUGUUGAAGUUGGAGGGAUUGAACUGGGCCAGGGGCUCUGGACAAAGGUGAAGCAGAUGGCUGCAUUUGCUCUCAGUUUAGUACAUUGUGAUGGAAGCAGAGACCUCUUGGAUAGGGUGCGUGUUAUCCAGGCAGACACCUUGAGCUUAGUGCAAGGGGGCUUUACUUCUGGGAGCACCACGUCAGAGACAAGCUGUGAAGCAGUUCGCCUUUGCUGCAAUGUGUUGGUAGAAAGAUUAAUCCCUCUCAAGGAAAGGUUACAGAAGCAGAUGGGAACAGUUUCGUGGGAUAUGUUAAUUCUCCAGGCAAAUCUUCAAGCUGUUAAUUUAUCUGCAAGUUCUUACUAUGUCCCUGAAUUUGCAUCAAUGAAGUAUCUAAAUUAUGGUGCUGCAGUAAGUGAGGUGGAGGUAGAUCUUCUAACUGGAGGAACCACAAUUUUACGAACUGAUAUUAUUUAUGACUGUGGACAAAGCCUGAACCCCGCUGUGGAUCUAGGACAGAUUGAAGGUGCUUUUGUUCAAGGAAUUGGCUUUUUCAUGCUGGAAGAGUACCUGAGCAACUCAGAUGGGCUGGUGGUAUCAGAUGGUACAUGGACAUACAAGAUUCCCACCAUAGACACAAUCCCAAAACAAUUCAAUGUUGAGAUCCUAAAUAGUGGACAUCAUCAAAAACGUGUUCUGUCCUCCAAAGCUUCUGGAGAGCCUCCUCUACUUCUAGCAGUUUCUGUUCACUGUGCAACAAGAUCAGCAAUAAGAGAAGCCCGGAAAGAGCUUUUCUCUUUGCACAAGUUAGAAGGAUCUCAUUCUAUGUUUCAGCUUGAUGUCCCCGCAACCAUGCCUGUUGUCAAGGAGCUAUGUGGGCUUGACAACGUGGAGAGAUAUCUAGAGAACUUGCUUUCUCAUCAGUAAAUUAGCUUGUUGUGUGUGUUUACUUGGAAUAUAGGACAAUAGCCCAUAGAUUGCAACUUUGUCCUUGUGGCAUACUAUGGCAUAUGGUCAUGAAUUAACAAAUAUAUACGCCGAGUAUCUUAUCAUCCUCCCAAAUUGACUACAUAUUGGUAAUCCCCCGAAACAGAAAAGCUUUUAAUGUAAAAAGAGUGACAAAUACAAGGCUUUGUUGUCAACCUUGGCAAAACCAGUGUUUUCUGAUUUGCCGGACUCUGAGAAUCCAUUGAUUCUUGAAGGACAA